CCUCCUUUUGCGCCCCCCCCCCCCCAUAGUCUGAUUCCCAUGGAACUCCCGUGUUGAUUGACGGGCUGCACGUCACGGCCAUGGCUGCCGCCGCCCCAGAGAGAGCGGAGGAGCCCGACCGCACCCUUUUCGUAGGGAACCUGGAGAGCCGCGUCCAGGAGGAAAUCCUUUACGAGCUCUUCCUGCAGGCUGGACCAAUAACCAAAGUGACUGUAUGCAAGGACAAAGAUGGAAAACCCAAGGCCUUUGGAUUUGUCUGCUUUAAACACACAGAAUCAGUGCCUUAUGCCAUAGCUUUGCUGAAUGGGAUUCGUUUAUAUGGAAGACCAAUAAAACUGCAAUACCGGUUUGGAAAUUCUCAUUCUCUAGAUUUAAAUAGUUCCUGCGAGAAUAUGGAAAACAAUGUACAGUCAGCCAUAUACAGGACCGAAGAGCCUUAUGGUGGUAGUCCUGUUAGUCCUUUUCAUAUGAAUAAUGGUCCAUAUCAAGGUUAUUCUCCCUAUCAAAACAUGAUGACAUACUUCUUAGCACAGCAAUAUGCUCCUUUCAGUCCAAUUGGACAGCAGUUCCCUUACUACCAGAUGGCAACACCGCCACCACCUCCGGGUUUUCCUCUACCACCUUACCUGAAUCCAGGACAAAACUCAUUUAUAUCUGUCUACUCACAGCCAAAGAACUACACACAGUAUCUAGCGAAGGCAGACACAUAUAAAAGGAAAAGAAUUCAGGAAUCUAGUGACAGUGACAGUAGUAUAGAAAAUGAAAGGAAAAAAACAAGGAGAAAAUGAAUGAAACUAAAAUGGCACAUACUUUAUUGGCUUAAUGACAUAGUUUAAAGAGGGAACGGCCUCUUUACUGUUCACUAUAUGGAAGAUAUGAGUUAUAAUAAUUUCAGUCUGAGGAAGAUUUACUGAGGUUUGAGGUUAUAUAUUACGGAAGCUGAGUUCAGGUGAAAGAAGUACCUUAAUGGAGGUCUGUUUCAUCAUUACCAUAUACUUCAUCAGUAUAUAGUAGUAUACGUGCUGCUUAAAAGAUUACAUGAAGUGCCAUAGUCUCAUCAAAUGCCUUUAUUCUUAGUAAAAAUGGGAUGCCUUUAGUAUGCUUUGUAAUUACUCAACAUUGUUCUUGCGUAGUUACAAUUUUUGUUUUGAGUUUGGCUAUUUAGAUAUAUAGAGCUGUAUGCAGAACAGCCCCUCUUGGGCUCUUCCUCUUCAGGUUAUUAGAGGAAACCUUUGUUUGGAGAAAUAUGGUGGGGGUUUUUUUUUAAAGAACUUGCCUAUACAAAUUUAUUAUGUCACACUUGAAUUUACCUUCCUUAGUUUUCUAUUUUGCCUUGUGGAAGAGCUCUCUUGCUCUCUUCCUGAAAUAUGUAAUGCUUCUGAAUUGAAAAAGGCUAUAUUUCCUAUAUUUGCAUGCUUGAAUUGGCUUUAAGCAUGAUAAGAGCAUAUUUUGUGUGGAAAGUUCCACUAAAUUUAUGGAUGCACUUGCAGUUUCACUUGGAAACAUUUUAUUGCUAUCUGUGUGAUUGCAUUCUGAGUAAAUGUUUACAAAAAGGACACUGUAAUCACAGAAAAACAAAAGUACAAUAUUGCUGGCUUAACCACAUUUAUUAAAAGACACAAGAGAAUGAAAUAUCAUUUCUCCAAGAAUAUUUGGUCACACAUGGAAAAAACCAUGUCUGAUUCAUAAAAAUAUUUAUGAACCUACAAGGAUAAACAGGAAUAUGUAAAUGAUUUCUUGUUUGCAGAGUAUAUUUAUUAAAGGUAAAUAAAGACAAAUUUUGAGUUUUCAUAUAGUGCCACAAUGGGAUGCAAAUACAAUAAUAAAAUUUGUGGUUAAAAUA